AUGGCGUCCGUCAUUCGGCUUAACGUCGCGCCCAUCGUGGGCGCGCGACGUGGCGCUCCCCAGAAGAGCCGUAACGCCGCCCCUAUUCGCGCGGCCGCCGCUGCGAAGAAGUCUGAUGCCGCUGCAGCGAGCGGCCAGUACGCCCGCGAGCUCGAGGUGGCCACGGACGCCGUCCGCAUGGCUUCCACGCUGUGCCAGGAGGUCCAGGCGCAGCUCAUGAGGCAGGAUGAGCAGGCGGAGACGAAGGACGACAGGUCUCUGGUGACUCUCGCGGACUACGCCGCGCAGGCGAUCAUUAGCUGGAGGAUCCAGCAGGAGUGGUCGGACUUCACCAUGGUCGGUGAGGAGGAUGCCGAGGCGCUGACCGAGGGGGGAGAGGGCGGCGCGCUGACCCUCUCGAAGAUCGUCAAACUCGUCAACAAAACCCUGAAGCUGCACAAGGGUAUGGACGCGCCUGAGCUCACAUCGACCGAGGUGGUGGACCUGAUCAACAAGGGCGGCGGCGCCGGCGGUAAGGGCCGUCACUGGGUUCUCGAUCCCGUGGAUGGCACCCUGGGUUUCGUGCGUGGCGACCAGUACGCCAUCGCGCUCGCGAUGAUGGAGGAUGGGGACCUCAAGGUUGGCGUCAUGGGUUGCCCCAACAUGCCAAAGAUUGGUGAGGUUCUGGAGUACGACUCCUCCUACACCUACGGCUUCUCCCCGAGGCUCGUGAGCAAGAUGCUGGCGGGUGAGAGCCUCGGAUGGUACAAGGGAUGCAUAUUCACCGCGGUCAAGGGUGGGGGCGCCUACAUGCUCCCCUGCGACCCGGCGAUCAAGGCUGACCCGCUGCCGGUGGCGGUGAGCAAGGAGUUCGACCCGCAGGCGGCGAAGUUCUGCGAGCCCGUGAUGAAGGCCAACUCCUCGCAGGGCUUCACCGCGAGCGUGGCGGACAACCUGGGUAUCGAGUCCAAACCCCUGAGGGUGUACUCCCAGGUCAAGUACGGAUCCGUAGCGAGGGCCGACGCAGACGUCUUCAUGAAAUUUCCGAAGGCGGGCUAUAAGGAGAAGAUCUGGGAUCAUGCCGCAGGGGUGAUCAUCGUGGAGGAGGCGGGAGGCAAGGUUACCGACGCGGGCGGCGCGCCGCUGGACUGGGCUGGUGGGCGCUACCUCGAGUCCCUCGACCGUGGAAUCGUCGCGACUUCCACAGCACUACAUCAGAGACUCAUGGACGCGGUGUCAAAGUCGUGGUCGUCGUCGCAGCUGUAG